GAGCCCCCGGAGCCUCCGCGGGUGCCGCGGCUGCCGCCGCCGCAGCCGGCGGUGCGGCGCAAGGACCCACCGCUGCACCAGCCUCCACCUCCGCGCCAGGUAAAGCCGCCCGCGGCAGCCGCGCGCCCGGUGCUGAAGCCGGCGACGGAGCUGGCGGAGGCGCCGGGGACGCUGGACCCAGCGUCCGUGGUGGCUGCCUCGAGGCUGAUGCAGGAGGCAUACACCUCUGGCACAGACCUUGGCGAGACGUCGGAAGAAGAUGAGCUCAUCCAGCGCUGGACGCCCCCCUCGGAGGGCUCCUGGGCCUCCGAGACCUCCGAGACGCUGCUGCAACGCGCGGCCAGCGCUGCGUCGCGGGUGGCGGAGUGGCUGACCCCGGCGCCAGUGCAGAGGUUCUCCGCCCGGUCCUGCCCCAGUGGCCUUUCCGGGUGA